UUCUACUUUUUCAAGAUGGUGAUUGUGCUGGCGCUUUUGAAUUUUCGGUUAAAAAAAUAGAUUCCUUUUAUUGAAUUUGAUUUGAUUUGUGAUGGCGCCGAUUGACUUCAGCUGCAAUACACCUGCAUCAUGAUUCGUGAGGCCACAUCCAUGUUCCUCCUCUUAGAAAGAUAUAACACGCCAUGCGAAUUUAGCUACUUACUGGGCGUCAAAAGUUUGUACUGGAUGCAUGUUCAGGAAACAAGAAAGUUGAGACUGAAGGGAGGCUUAGAGCAAGGUGAGACUGAGGCAGGUUCGGUGCAGCCCCUGACGGAGUCAACUUGCAUAGGCAGAGAAAGCUACAUAUAUACUACUGCAGUUUGCAGGGCAUGCAAGCAACAAACCAUCCCCAUCAGGGGAGCCCAAGCUGGGAUGACUUGAUCCCUGGGGCUCCUCCCCAAUCCUAACCACAUUCCUGCAUUACUUGGUCAAGCAACGGGCCUUCAUGAUUGCUGAUCCAUUUGAGUAAUGCAGUUUAGCAUUUGUUAUGUGCUCGCUUCCGUCACUCGACGAUCUCCACCCCAAGCCCCAACCUCUCCAAUCAAGCACCUCCCAAAAAAAACAGCAGAUGGAGGAGCUCCAAGAAGCUGACAUCUUGUGGCCGUGGACGGAGACGACGCCGUCGCUGGAGGAGGAGGACUACUUACCGGAUCCCGAGCUGUACGAGUACGAUGCCACCGUCGUCGACUUCUCGUGCGAGCUGUUCAGUGAGACAGCUGCCUCGUCGAGCUCAAACUUGACGAUGAGCGCGCCGUUGUCUGACUGGUCGUCAUCGGACGGCUUCUUCCUCUCCGGCUCGUCCAUGGUUUCCGUCGGGCUUGAGCUCGACGCGACGGUCGAGUUCCAGGAGGCGGACGUGCUGUGGCCGGACACCGCCGAUGCGGUGGAUGACGACGCGGCGGAGUUUUGGUGGCGUUCUUGCCGUCGUGUCGAGGAGGCGGCUGCCGCUGCCGCUGCUGCUGCUGCUUGCGGCAAAAGUGAAGGGCGGAAACCUGUGGUGUCGUCCCCGAUCGAUAUACCCACCAGAGUUGAAGUUGCAGCCGCGCGUCGCCGCCCGGCGGCCGUGUUGUUUCAUCAUCGUCGGUAGCAUUCGUGGCCGCGCGUUCAGCUCAUCGGUGUGCUUUGUGUAUUUGGUCGUGAUAUGGGACUAUGGAGAUCUCUUUGCUUGUACGUAGUUCGCUUGUUUUUGAUGGUGUUGUGUAGGAAUGUUUGCACCGUGCGUUUGAAGCUGCAGAUAAAUUGAAUCGGUAGCAAGAGAAGCUGAGAUCCGGAGUACAGUGAUAUUUUUCUUUCGCGACGAAAUUUAAAUUUUGUUGCCUAGCUUUUUCUUCGUUUCAUUUUGACGAUAAGUUGCAGAGAAUGUUGUUGAAGUUUUGAGUAGGGAAUGUAAUUAAAAUCUUCCAAAAGAACUGAAGAACUAAAUCUGUGAUGAUACGAACGAAAUGCAUGCUAUUCUUGGGCUCC